GUACCGCUGUGCAGGAGGAGUAGGCUCAGUUGCUAAUCUAAAUGUAAAUUUUUGAACUUGUCGAGAAUUUAGGAUUUUGAGCGGAAAAUCUAAAUACGGAAACGAAUGAAUUACUCAAGGACCCCAGAUCCCUUUACCACAGAUAAUAAAUUUACUUGGGAUUGAACAACGCAGGUCUAAGACCACCAUGGAUAAAUAUAGUAAACUUGUUGUGGGGAUCAAAGUUGACAUCCAACGAACCGACGGCCGUAUCCACUCAUCUAUGAUUAGUGGCGUAAACCUGGACACCAAGAGUGUUACAGUAGAGUGGUAUGAGAAUGGAGAAACCAAAGGGAAAGAGAUUGAAGUCGACCAGAUCUUUGCACUUAAUCCAACUCUUGUAGUUCAGCCAAAACAAAAACCCACUCCAUCAAAUAAAAGGAUAUCUACUACACCAACUAACAAGAAUGCAAGAAAUGAAAAUCACAGUGCUCCUUCACCUAAAGUUCAUCCACCAUCAGCCAAAGUUGAACGUCCCGUGGCACUCAACCUUGCUAAUGAUGAUGAUGGUGACUCACGUGGGGACGCUGCACAAAUAAAGGAGAGCGCAGAGUCUUAUCCAGUGAACAGAAGACGCUCUAAUUGUGUAAAGGAAAUUGAGCGUUUAAAAAAGAAUCGAGAAGAAAGAAGGGCGCAACAACAAGAGCAAAGGGAAAUGAAACUGCGUCUUCAACAAGAAGUGGAUCCUGGAAAUCCAAACUGGGAAUUUAUACAAAUGAUAAGGGAGUAUCAAGCAGAUUUAGAUUUUAAAGGGCUGACAAUGUCGGACCCGGUGAUAGACCACCAGAUUUGUGUAUGUGUCCGUAAACGACCACUGUCCAAGAAAGAACUCAAUAAAAAGGAAAUUGAUGUCAUCAUAGUACCAAAGGGUGAUUACUGUGUGAUCCAUGAGCCUAAAUUGAAAGUGGACCUCACAAAGUAUCUGGAGAAUCACAAAUUUUGGUUUGAUUAUGCCUUUGAUGAGAAUGCAAAUAAUGAAUUGGUAUACAGAUAUACAGCAAAGCCACUUGUUGACACAAUUUUUAACCAGGGAAUGGCAACAUGCUUUGCAUACGGCCAGACAGGCAGUGGAAAAACUCACACCAUGGGUGGUACAUUCAGUGGGAAGCAACAGGAUUGUACUAAAGGAAUUUAUGCACUGGCAGCAACGGAUGUGUUUAAAUUGAACAAAUCCACCAAACACAAAAACAAGGAUCUUCUCAUAUCUGCUAGUUAUUUCGAGAUUUACGGCAGCAAGGUACGU